UGGUAGGGUUUCGCUCGACGCGAUACCACGGGCAGUGCUAAGUGGACAUCCUCGAAGAGGAAACGUUGAUCCUGCGAGCUCGAUGCGAUGGUCGUGACACGACCGCCAAAAUGUGCCCGCACCCUGGGCACACGCGCAAUAAUGUGCCUGAAAAUUGAGCGCCUUUUGGCGAAUGUGUCUUUAGGCAAGGCACGUGCGACUCAGACAAAACAAGGAACGACGCGUUGGAUUGGGUUGCAGAGGUCACAUACAUGGUUUGCGGUAAGGCGGAAGAUGUACCGGCUCGCAGUGACCGUAGCGUACAUCACCAUUAUGGUCAAUGCCCGAUUGAGGCGGUCGAGACGUAGCAGCGACGACAUACACGUCAACGGCUCAAUAUUGGAUUGACGGGAUUGAGGUGUAGCGGCGGUUCACGGUGCGUCAA